AUGGCGCCGUCUACGCUUGAGCAGUUCAUCCGCUUCGGCACCGACGCUGCUGCCCUAGAACGGAUGCUGCGAAUGAUCCAGUCCAUAGUCAUGGUCGUCAUCUCGUAUCCCCUUCUCCUGGACGGCUUCACCGAUCUCGUGAUGUUGGGCAACCAACACGUCUGGACUGAUCCCAGGGCUACGGGUGUGGUGGUACUCAAUGACCUGAAAGGGCAUCUAGGUCUUGCCCGGCGCUUCUUCCGGAUGUUCCGCUUCCUUGAGUCCUUCUACGCGGCGCAGCAGCUAUACACAUCACUGUACUCCCAACCACCAACACCAACACCCGCAGCAGCAACGUCGAUUCCUUCUGAGACCCCAGCCGCCGUAUCCGAUGCCAAGGAUGGAACCAAGCAGGCAAAUCAAGCGGCACAGCCAGCGCAGACACCCGCACCCACGCAGGCCCCUCACUCAGGGCCCCCAGCCGAAGCCUGGCUCGACAUCUUCGGGCGCACCUUCAACGGGAUGUACCUGCUCCUCGAGUCCCUUUGCCUCGUCGAUGCCCUCCAGGUGCCGGGCUUCUCGUUAUGGGGGGCCCAAUGGUUCUCCGUCCUGUUCGUGGAGGGCCAGCGCUUCUGGUUCUUUGGGCUGGCAUGCGGGGUUGCCAGCGGGCUGGUCAAGAUCGUAAAGCUCCUUGCGUACGCACCCGUGCCGCCGACGGGUGAGGGCUACGGCACCGGAGAGAAGCGGGACGGGAGCGAGAUGGCGGACUGGGAGAAGGAGAGGGAGAGGUUGAGGAAGAUCAUGUGGGUCCGGAAGGAGCAGAGGAAGCUGUGGAAGUCGAACAUCAAGACCAAGUCCAAGGGGCUUGUGAGGAAGUGCGCGGCCGACCUGCUGGACAUGGUCAUGCCCGGAAGUGUAGUGGGCUGGUGGAAGGUUGAUCAGGGAACGCUGGGGGUCAUCCUGAUCAUUACGACAUAUCUCACGGGCUGCGAAGUGUGGGAGAGGUGUGGGAGGGAAAUUGCAAGCAAAUAG